AAGACGAUGUAGCUACAGAACUACCCCGCAAUAAAUACCUACUUAGGUAAAUAUCGUGAUUGUUAUAUUAAUCAACUUGAGAGGUUUUCCUGAAAUCAACUCCAGGAGCGUUGUUGUAAAUUUUGGUGGCUUCGUAUUGUUUAAUCGUCAACUAUGACUACUCAACUCCCAUCUACAGUCCUCAUCAUCGGGGCGACAGGCACUAUCGGCAAGUAUAUUACCAAUGCCAUAGUCUCGGCCGAACCGCGUGUCGGCCGACAGAUAUCUAUCUUCACUUCGCAAGCCACGGCAACUAGCCCUGCUAAGCAAGGUCUGUUGUCCUCAUGGAAGUCUAAAGGCGUUUCGGUAAUCACAGGCGACUUAAACAAUUCCGAUGAUGUCAGAAACGCCUACAGCGGCGUAGAUACGGUUGUUUCGUGUUUGGGAAGAAAUGCGCUGGCUAGCCAGAUCGAGCUGCUUAAACUUGCGGAAGAAAGCAAGGAUGUGCAGUGGUUUUUCCCCAGCGAGUACGGCACGGAUAUCGAAUACGACGCCUCAAGCAAGGAUGAGAAACCACAUCAGAACAAGCUCAGGGUAAGGGAGUUCAUCCGCGACCAGGUGAAGAGGGUCAAAUGCACUUACGUCGUCACUGGGCCAUAUCUCGACAUGUUCCUGGCGUUGGCACCAAUAGCCGAAGAUGCUGGAGGCUACGAUGUGAAGUCGAAGAGGGCCGUAAUUGUUGGAAGUGGCGAUGAAAAGGUUGGAUUCACCACCAUGCCAGACGUUGGCAAGUUGGUGACUGCGGCUCUACAACACCCGGAAGUGUCGAUUGGGAAAGUUCUCAAAGUUCAGUCGUUCGUUACGACUCCAAACGCUAUUCUGGAAGAGUUUGAGAAACAGACAGGCACGAAGUGGACGGUCGACCAUACGACAAAUGAGAAGCUCCGAGAAGUCGAGAAGGAGAAGUGGGAUGCCAACCACCCAAUAGCGACGCUAUACACAUUGAGGCGUAUUUGGGCUGAGGGUGGCACUUUGUAUGACAAGACCGACAACGAGGUAUUAGGUCUCACACCAGGAGAUAUGGAACCCCUGGGCGCUGUCGUGAAGAGAGCUGUCAAUGGCGAAGGGUACUAGCGAUAGUUUAUCCUCUAUGUGACAUAUGUAGUAUCUAUAUAUUAGGUACUAUACUAUAUGAGGAGAGAAGCUCGUCGAGUUUCAAUGAUGAAAUAUCAUGAUAUUAUGGGAAUAUGAAUAUCUCAAUUCAAUGA